AUGGAACGCCGACUCACAUCUAGGAAUGUGAGCCUGGACUGGGUUGACCGAGGUGAUCAAGAUGGGGAUACUGUCUCAGCACAUCUCAUCCAAAGCACAUACACCCGGCUGAAACUCCAGUACGAAGAAAAGUUACGCCAGAAUUGGGUCGAACAACUUGAAUCACCCAACCAAGUCCUCGAGCAGCUGUCUCUCGCCGCAUGUCUAAUCGAACUAUGGAAGAGCAUGUACGGCCCUCUACUAGCAACAGAACAACAGCCAUCGAAAAACACAGCUCUAUUCCCAGGGUUCGUGGACCUGGCCUGUGGAAAUGGUAUCCUCGUAUACAUACUUCUCAUGGAAGGCUACAAGGGCGUAGGCUUUGACGCCUGCCGUCGAAAAUCCUGGGAGACAUUCCCAGCCGAGAUACAGGAAUGUCUGGAAGAGAGAAUCUUCAUCCCUCGGCCUUUUGCGGAUGUACUGGACCAAGAAAUCGGCGUGGAGAUACACACAGGCGAUUUCCCGGAUAAUACAUUUAUCAUAUCCGACCAUGCAGAUGAGCUGACCGUAUGGACUCCUAUAAUGGCUGCUCUAGCGAGUCCCUCGUCGCCAUUGUCGUUUUUUGUGGUGCCGUGCUGUUCGCGUUCACUUGCUGGUUCUUCGUAUCGAUAUCCCCCGCCCAAGAGUGCGGAUGAUAAAAAUGGGGCAGGGAAAGUUGUUUAUGCCAUAGAGCAGGAUUCACAGCCUGUGUCUGGUGAUUUGAGGGCACUUCGUGCGAUUAAGAUGAAAGAGAAGACUGAGAGCGGGUUUCUGAAUUCAAUGAUUGGAUCUCUUGCUGCGAAAACUAUGAGUAUUGCCGAGGAGAUAGGGUUUGAUGUUGAGAAGACGUGGUUACGCACUCCGGGGGCGAUUAACAUGGCGUUGAUUGGAGGUCGACAGCGUGUCACAAGGGAGUGGCUACAGAACUCAGGUUCUAGAGAUUCUCAAACAAAACGAGACCAAGGAGAUGUCGUUUUGAAGAAGAUCAUGGAAGUGGUUGAGCAUGAAUGCUCUAGAGAUGGUGGCAUCGAAGUAGCUGCCAAGCUCUGGGUUGAACGAACGAAGAGUCUUCGCCAGGGACAGGGGAUAAUGCACCUAGCUAACUAA